CGGCGAGCAGCGAUGGACGGGGCAGGCACGAGUGACAGCCAGGCGCUGGUAAAGCUUGGAAGAAAAUAAAAGCAGUGCCCUGGAAGGAGCUGCCGUCCACAGCUGGAAGGGAAAACGUGCCGGCACAAAGUCUGGGAGUGGAGGAGGAGCUGGAAGGGCAGAACCUGCACCAUGACUGGGCAGAAGUGCUCGGACCUCGCUGACUCAACUGCCUCUCUUUGCUUCAAGCACUCGAAAUAGGAGAAGCAAGGAAGAUGCUCCAGGACUCGUGGAACAGAUUCUGAGUGGCACCAGCAGAUCCCGACCAUGAUCCCGGUCCCGAUCAGCGCCUUGUGCAUGAGACCCCUGAAAUGGGUGUUCCUGUUGCUGCUGGUGUUUUCCCUGAUAACCAUGUGGUACAUAACCUUCUCCUCCAGGGCUGGCCUGGAUAACGUGAACCCUCUGUACUUCUUCGAGUACGAGCCCAUGUACCGGCAGCCGCGCCCGUUCACGCUGCGCGAGCGCCCCAGGUGCGCCGACCUCCAACCCUUCCUGGUCAUCCUGGUGGCUUCCAGCCCCAGGGACGUGAAAGCCAGGCAGGCCAUCAGGAUCACGUGGGGCUCCCGGGACUCCUGGUGGGGCCAGCACAUCCUGACGCUGUUCCUGCUGGGGCAGGACACGCAGAGGGAGGACAGGGUGGCAGCGCUGGCGGUGGAGGACGAGAGCAUCCUCUACGGGGACAUCAUCCGCCAGGACUUCAUGGACACUUACGACAACCUCACCCUGAAGACCAUCAUGGCGUUCCAGUGGUUCUCCGAGUUCUGUUCCAACGCCAGGUUCUUCAUGAAGACCGACGCCGAUGUCUUCAUCAACACUCCCAACCUGGUGAAGUUCCUGCUGCAGCUGAAUUCCUCGGAGAACUUUUUCACCGGGUACCCCCUCAUCGAUAACUUCGCCUACCGAGGCUUCGACCCGAAAAGGUACAUCUCCUACCAGGAGUAUCCCUUCAAGCUCUAUCCUCCCUACUGCAGCGGCCUGGGAUACAUCCUGGAUGGAAAACUGGCUCUGAGGACUUACGAGCUGAUGGGCCAUGUCAGACCUCUGAAAUUUGAGGAUGUUUAUGUGGGAAUUUGCUUAAAUAUACUCAAGGUCGACAUCGCUAUUCCAGAAGAUGCAGAACAAUUCUUUCUCUACAAAAUCGACUUUGAUAUCUGUAAAUACAGACAUCUGAUUGCAGUUCAUGGCCUUACAUCAAGUGAACUGGUCCAGUUCUGGCAGGAUUUGUCAUCCAACACUUCAAAAACUUGCUUUUGAUUGUGGAUUUCUUUAGAAACUUCAGUUUGCUGUAAGAGUGGCCUCUAGAGAUGACUCUGACUGCUGGGGCAAUGCUUCUCCAGGGCAUUCCAGUGCUUUUCAACAAAAGCAGGGAUUCACAAAGCACUUUUCCAGGUGUGUAUCCCACACCCAGAGGGUGCCUUGGAAUGUCCCGUCUGCCUCUGCUGCCUUUCCAUGUGCUCGGAGCAGCCCUGGAAUUUCCCCCUGAAUCUUCUGGAAUGUACAAAAUGCCAUUGAGGAAAGACGUUCCUGCCAAGCAAGCAGCUUGGAGGAUGCUUCCUGAAUUGCUGCCUGGAUUGUUUUUAUUGUUUUAUUGCCACUCUCCUUUAUUUGUUCUCUGCCUAGCACAGAAUUUAACCCAACCCAACCCAACCUUGUUUUUGGUGUAAGCCUCCCGAGAGUGUCACACCUUGUUAUUUAAAUGUGUCACCUCCACAACCCUUCCAGGAGUGUUCCCAGCCUGUGGGAUCUGCAGGAGCUGGUGAGAAAUGCUGGAAAUGUGAUGCAUUUUGGGCGUGCUUAUUAAAUGGAAUGACUUUGGUGUCUCUGCUGGUGUUCCCAGACCAGGGAGAUGGAGUGGAGCUCACGAUCAAUCUGGACAUCCCAAAACCACUGGGAUCACCAAUCCCUCCACCCCUGUACGUAUGUGUGUGAUGCAUCCCAGGAGUUUUGGAACCCUGUGGAGAAGAUGGAAAAUCAUUUCUGUUGUGAUUUAUGCCUGGUCCUAAAUGAGUUUUUUGGUUCCAGUUUGAAAACUGGAAAAAGGAAGAAAUCCCCCCAUUGCUACUUUAAAGAAGACCAACUCCUCCCCGUGUGUAAAGACCAUUUUUUAAUCACUUUAUUCAUAUCAGCAAGGCCCAGUUUUCAGUAGUUUACACUUCUAAUGGACAACGAUACAGAAUUUGCAAUUGCAUGAACAGAAUUAACCUGGACACAUCCACUACACGGGGGAGGGACUGAGGAGACGUCCUGGCCACGCUCCCAGGGCUUCCCCUUGGGCUGGCACGACCCCACAGCCCUGGUGUGUCCCAGAGGCAGAGCUCAGGGCCGCCCAGAGCUGCAGGAGCAGGGCUGAGGGGUCAGCAGUGCCUCCAGCACCCAGGCACUGCUGGCUUUGGCUCUGCUCCACAGCUGCACCUGGGGCUGGGGAGGGGAUCUCAGGAUGGGCUUGUGGUUUUUUAGGGAUGAAAAAGUCUUGGGGGAAAACACUCUCCAGACAAGGAUUUCAGAUGUCAGUGUUCUGAUGGUGAAAAGGUCAAAGAUUUUAAAAAAUAAAGGCUAUUAUUUUUUUUUUUAUUUUUUGGGAAAAUACAGUAUUGCAUAACUGAGGGAACGAUGCUCUUGUAUUCCUAGAUCUGGGUGAAAUUCCAGCUGUGCUGUGGGUUUAGGAGCUGGGAUUUGAUUGUUCUCUGAGCAGGUACGUGGAGAACUGCCUUGUUCUGUGAUUGUUUACACAUCUCAAACCCCAAACCCCUCAGUUCUUCUCUAAGCCUGCCACGUGAAAUGCUUAGAAAUAAAUUAUUUACCACAAGAACACUGAUACUACAGCACAGCUUGUAUUGCUUUUUCCAAAAUAAAAAUGUAAUUAUGACCCUGCUGCCUUCAGGAAAUGGAUAAAGCAGAGAAUGCUCGUGGUGAGGGAGGAAUGAGAGUCCUGGGGAGGUGAGGAUGGCCAGAAAUUCUCCUGUCACCUGCAGGAAUUCGGGGUUUUGCGCCCCAAAUGCUGACACUGCUCACAGGUUCCAAGGCUUAGGUUUAUACACAGUGAUCUCUUUGUGCCACCUGAAAUUGUCAUUGACAGUGCCAGCAGCACUGGAAAAACAUCCAUCCUGCUCCUGGUUUUCCUAAAAAAACCUCAUUUCCAAGUCUGGCUUGUAUUUGAUUCUGACUUUAUUAUUGCUUAAAAGGCUGUAAAAUUCCUAACUGAGCUCCCGUUUCUGCUCAAAGCCAUUCUUAGGGAAGUUUUUAGUGUGAGCAGCCUGGCAAAAGGUGAAAAACCUUAAAAAUAUGAAAUAAUCUGGGCAUUUAAGGGAGGGGCAAAUUUUAUUGCAUCUGCCUAGAAUAUUGUACUAAAACAAAGUGAAAAACACAGGUUAAAGGUUUCCCAAAUCCUAAGGUUUUGGUUUUUUCCUUAUGCAGCUGUAUUAAAUCAGAAUUCCAAAUAUUUGUGAUUUUUAUAGGAAAACUGUAGGGUUUUCUGACCUGAAAAGCCUAAUAAUAAUAAUAAUAAUAAUAAUAAUAAUGUUAAUUCAUUGGACAAAGAUGUUUGGAAGUUGCUGCUGAGUGGGGAGCAGGAGUGAGUUCCAAGGUGAAAUUCCCAUUCUGGAUGUUAUUUCAGAGGAGUUCAAAUGCUUUGUGUGCACCCUGGCACAAAGAAAUUCCCCAUAAAUCUUACAGGAGAUGCAGGGGCAGCACUCCCUAUGCUCAGUGCAACAGGAUGUUUGGGACAUUUCCCUAAAUUUUGCCUCACAUUUAUGGAUGACCGAUGUCAGAGAGGCUGCCUGUGUCCAUGGAUGCAACUCCACUUCAAAAAAUGCAGGAUUGGCCAUGAAAUAUGCUUGGAAAAAAGUGCUUUAAAAAGUUCCCCAUUGCUCAGAUAAUUCCCAGAAUCCCAGACUGGCUUGGGUUGGAAGGGACCUUAAAAACCCCUCAUUCCAACUCCCUCAGGGCUGAGCAGAGCAGGCACAGGAGCUGCCCAAAUCCGUGAAAUCCACACAUUUUUCCCUCAAGAAUUGCCCUCAAAGCUCUCUUUGUGGUUCUGGCAAGGCUCCAGCUGCACCCAGCAGGUUUUGCUUCCCAGAGCACCCAGAUUAUCCUCCAGAGCUGGGCACAGCUGGAAUUUUAAGUUACCUCAGGAAAAUCCAAAUUUAUCCACCUGCUCCCCUAAGCCUUGUCCAGUCAGCACUGGAAAAAUAAAAGUAAGGAAACUUCAGCUCAUUAUUAAUUAUCUGUACAGAUCAUUUUCUCUGGGGAGUUUAAAAAGGCCAUUUAUGAAUAUAUUGGGCACAAAGGGGCUGCAGCUCUGGGCUCUGCAGUGGCCAAAUUCCAGCAGAACAUUCUCACUUGGAAUUUUGUUCAGAGGUCUCAAAUCCUGCUUUGGGGGAUGAAAGGCAGGUGAGGUGUUUUUUCUGUAAUAUAAUCACCGACUAAAUGCUUCUCUGUGUAAAACAAGUAUCAGCUACAUUAGCAAUAAAUCCAUAUUAUUUAAAGCAGGGCUGUCCUGUAUCCUGAGACACAAAAUUCCCUUUUUUUUUUGUGGCUGUGGCAUUGGUGUUUCUGCAGCCAAGCUGAUGCAGUGCUUUAAUUCUGACUCCUGGAUUCUAAAAUCUUCACAAUAUUUUUAAUUUCACCUCUGGAAAUGGUUUCACCCUGCAACAGCAGCAGCAGUGGGAGUGGAAAUCCUUUAUCCUGGGGGCUGCUGCGGGGUUUGUGGGAAUGUCUCAGGCCAGCAGAAGGAGCCACGGUGCCACCAAGCUGGGGACAGGCUGGGACAUUCCAGCCCUGCCAGGAAUUCCAGGAAGGAUCAGAGGGAUGGAUGAACUCCACAGCAAUCCGUGCUGCAGGCUGAGGGAAUCAUCAGAUCAUCCCAGGGGAGAGACCUGGGACAUCCCUGGGAACAGCCCAACUUGGGAACAGCCCAGUUCCCCAGAGCUGGGAGCUGGGACAUCCCUGGAACAGCCCAAUUCCUGAGCACUGGGAGCUGGGAUGUCCCUGGGACCAGCUGAAUUUGGGAACAGCCCAAUUCCCAAGCACUGGGACAUCCCUGGAAUAGCCCAGUUCCUGAGCACUGGGAGCUGGGACACCCCUGGGAACAGCCCAAUUUGGGAACAGCCCAAUUCCCCAGAGCUGGGAGCUGGGACAUCCCUGGAACAGCCCAGUUUGGGAACAGCCCAAUUUGGGAACAGCCCAAUUCCAGAGUGCUGGGACAUCCCUGGAACAGCCCAGCUUGGGAACAGCCCAAUUCCAGAGUGCUGGGACGUCCCUGGAACAGCCCAGAUUGGGAACAGCCCAAUUUGGCAACAGCCCAAUUCCAGAGUGCUGGGACACCCUUGGAAGAGCCCAGUUUGGGAACAGCCCAGUUUGGGAACUGCCCAAUUCCCCAUGGCUGGCUCAGCCUCGUGGUCCCUUUGUCACCUCAGGCCAUCUGAAGAUGCUCUUUGGCAGCCACUCCCUGUGCCCUGAGGCUCCAGCUGUCCCCAAGGGGAUGAAUCCACCAAAGCUGGCUGGAUGAGCAGGAGGAGCUCCAGGCAGCUCCCUGUUUUUGGGAGGAGAGCAGCAGGAAGGCUGGAGCCCUGCUGCCACAGCCAGAGGGAUGUUCCUGGCACAGCAGCUGGCAGCCCUUCCCAGAUGGAGGAUGGAGUGUUAAGGCAGUGGGAGAGCCCUGCACUGGUCAGGUUGCAUAAGCAAUCUGCACAAGGAGUUCAUCCUGUCAGCCUCCAGCUGUGUCACGACAGAGUUUGGCACAAAUCAGCACCACUGGAAAGCUGGAAACGCCUCAGUUUGGAGGGAAAGCUUCCAAACCUUCCAGCUGGGAGCACAGGUAGGCACUGCACGUGGGUGUGGGGGACCACACAAAGCCUCUCACCUCCAUCAGUCCUUCCUCUGCAAACCUGAAGCAGCUGAAGCUCCUUUUUCAAAGCAAUCAAAGCAAAAAUUCCCUGGCUGAGCAGAGAUCGUUGGCAUGGAUGGCUCUGGCCAGGACAGCCCUGCCAGGGAGGGGAGAGGAAGCUGAAGGUGCUGAGCCAGUUCUUGCUGCAGCUGCAGCCACUUGGAGUUGGCACAGGGCUGGGUGGGAGCUGCCUGAGGGACAGGGAAUGAUCCUGGAAUGAUCCUGGAAUGAUCCAGGCAAAGCUGCAAACCCCUCCUGCCCUGCUGUGUUUGCCUGAAUCCCGCACGAGCUGCCCUGCCCCCUGCCAGUGCUCCCUCCUGGCUGCAGCUCCUGCCACCUCGUGUCCCUGGCUGUCCCAGGGCGGUGCUCAGAGCUCACGGAUCCCUCAGGAAUGCUCACUGGCCUUGGGAUGCUCCCUGCAGCCAGGAGCUCCCACCCCAGCUGGAUGUGUGCUGUUUUCCUGGGCAUGGCCAUCGUUCCAGUGCCUGGGAUGGGUUAGUGGAGAUGUCUGCACACAAACAUCCCUCUCCUCCACAGCUGCUGGCUGGAAUCCCUCUUUCCCCAGGACAGCCGUGCCCUCCAAAGGGAAAGCACAACAGGAGCACUGAAGGGGACAGGGAAGGCAAACUCCACACACUGAGCUGCUCCCCCACUGCUGCUGUGCCAUCCCAGCCCGGGAUCCAGCAUUCCCAUGGGAUCAUCGCCCACAGGCUGCACCUGCCAGCACCUGAGCUCGCUGCCUGUGCACACUGCAACAACUGAAGCAAUUGUCACCAAUUCCUGUCAGCUGCUCACCUGAACAGCCAGGGGACUGCAAAUGUCAGGGAGCCAAUUAAGGGCUGAGAUCAUCCCCAAACAAAUUAAAGGAGGGAAGUUUGUUGGGGGAGAGGUGACCCAGGGACAAAACAAGACAAAGAUGGGGAUUCCUUCUCGAGCAGAAGUUUGUGCUCUUUGAUUUUUUGCCUUGAGAGACCCCCUCAGCACCUCCCCAGCAGAGCUCAGCCCCACCCCAGACCCCUGGAGAUGAGCAGGGGGGUCAG